GGGCGGGGCUUAGGGCCCGACCUGCGGGCGGCGGUCACCGGAGCCGGGGGGCCGGGCGGCGGACUGAGGGGCGGACAGCCGUGCCGGCCGCCAUGACAGAUCAGACCUACUGUGACCGCCUGGUGCAGGACACGCCUUUCCUGACAGUCCAAGGGCGCCUGAGUGAGCAGCAGGUGGACAGGAUUAUCCUUCAGCUGAAUCGCUACUACCCACAGAUCCUCACCAACAAGGAGGCCGAAAAGUUUCGGAACCCCAAGGUGUCCCUGCGCCUACGACUUUGUGACCUCCUGAGCCAUCUGCAGCGGAGCGGGGAGCGGGACUGCCAGGAGUUCUACCGAGCCCUGUACAUCCACGCCCAGCCCCUGCACAGCUGCCUGCCCAGCCGCCACGUGCUGCAAAACUCAGAUUGCACAGAGCUCGACUGGGGCAGCGAGAGCCAUGAGCUGAGUGACAGGGGACCCAUGAGCUUCCUGGCGGGCCUUGGCUUGGCCGCUGGACUGGCCCUCUUCCUCUACUGCUGCCCUCCAGACCCCAAAGUGCUGCCAGGGGCCCGGCGGAUCCUUGGCUUCUCACCUGUCAUCAUCGACAGGCAUGUCAGCCGCUACCUGCUGGCCUUCCUGGCAGAUGACUUCAGGGCCUUGUGACAGACCCAGACCUAGAGGAUCUUGCCCUCUGCUCAACCAAAGAAUCCCGUGGCUGCCCGCCCCCGGGCCAGCACUCCUUUUUCUAAAUGCUAUUUUUCAYUAUUUAUAAUUUCUAUAUGAAGAACCUUUAUCCCACAAGGUGCUUWAUGAUAUUAAACGUUCAGUCUGCUCA